UUGAAUGUUCUACAUGUAAAUAAUAAAACUUCGAACAUUAGUUGCCAGCGCCAUGAGCGUCUUGAAGGAUACCUCGACCAGGAUGCCAACCUUCUCGUAUUAAUAAUUGAUACAAAUCCAAUUGUAUGGAAGAAGUCAAGCUUUCCCUUGAAAGAGGCUCUACGUCACAUUUUGGUAUUCAUCAACGCUCAUUUGGCUCUAAAACACGAUAACGACGUUGCAAUAAUUGCUAGUCAUGUUGGUGUCAGCAAAUUCUUAUAUCCAAUACCGACACAUGAAAAUUCGGAUAAAACGAUCUUUCCUAAUAUGUAUCAAAAAUUUCGAGUUAUUGAUGAAAAAGUAAUAGCCAAUAUGAGUGCAUUAUUUGAAGAUGUCGAUACACCAAAUAAUUAUCCAGAUAAAGCAAGUUCUAUGGUUGCGGGAGCAUUAUCUAUGGCAUUAUGUUACAUCAAUCGUAUUACAAAAGCUGAUGAAAUCGGUCAUGUAAAAUCUCGUAUAUUGAUCAUAUCAGUAUCCCCGGAUUCUCCUUAUCAGUACAUAUCUAUAAUGAAUUGUAUUUUUUCCGCACAAAAAUUGUGUAUUCCCAUUGAUGUCUGUAAAGUCUAUGGAGGUGAUACUCCGGUAUUUUUGCAACAAGCAUCGCAUAUAACUGGUGGAAAGUAUCUGAAGCUUGAUAUGCCCCAAGGAUUAUUACAAUUCCUAAUGAUUGCAUUUUUACCUGAUCGAUACAAUAAAAAAUACCUUUGCCUCCCAGGGGAGGAGCGUGUGGAUUUUGGAGCGGCCUGUUUCUGCCAUAAAAAGAUUAUCGAUGUUGGAUAUGUAUGCUCAGUUUGUUUGUCAAGUAUCCUUAAUUUAAUUUGUUCCAUGUUUGGCGUGUACAAAACAUGA